GCUGCCAAAUUACCGGGGUGCUGCCCCCUGCACUCCUGCAGGCGCAUGUCAGGAGCAGCCGAGUCAAGGCAAUCUGGCAACAGCCGCACCAAUUUCAACGUUUCGACCGCGAAUCGCACCAGUAACCCUUCGCCCCUACGGUUGGAUUCCCUGGCGCCGUAGGGCUUCUGGUGCUUGAUUGUUUCUCGACAACAUUGUAUAUCCUCCCAUCUUCGAUCCGGCGACAAGCUCCUCGACUUGACGUCGCCAUCCGCCGUCGUUUCCCCCCCACGUCUCAAUCCACAUCCACACAUUCUCCGCCAUGGUCCGGCUGCGAGAGGUCCCCAGGACUGCGGCCUUUGCCUGGUCGCCAGGCCCCAAUCCCGUCCUUGUUACGGGCACCAGGUCCGGCGCAGUCGAUGCCGACUUUUCAGACGAGACCAAGCUGGAGCUAUGGGACCUCAACCUCGACACCGUUGACCAGGGGCUGGAGCUGCAGCCCAUAGCCAGCAUCACCACCGAGAGCAGAUUCUACGACAUAGCAUGGGGUGUCGCGAGUGACGAGCACCCGCGAGGUGUCGUUGCUGGCGCCAUGGAGGAUGGCUCGCUGCAGCUGUGGGAUGCCGCGAAGCUCCUCGCCGGCGAAGACGCUCUCAUGUCGCGCGAUACCAAGCACACCGGACCGAUCAAGGCGCUGCAGUUCAACCCGCUGAGACCCCAAGUGCUUGCCACCGCCGGCGUCAAGGGCGAGCUCUUCAUCUGGGACGUCAACGACACCUCGACCGCUUUCCGCCUCGGCACCGCCGCGGCCCACGACAUCGACUGUGUCGCCUGGAACCGAAAGGUGUCAAACAUCCUGGCGACGGGCAGCGCCGGCGGCUUUGUUACCGUUUGGGAUCUGAAGACCAAGAAGGCCUCGUUGACCCUGAACAACAACCGCAAGCCCGUCAGCGCGAUUGCUUGGGAUCCGCAGAACUCCACAAACCUCUUGACGGCCACCUCAGACGACAACACUCCCGUGAUUCUCCUAUGGAAUCUCCGGAAUUCGCAGGCCCCCGAGAGGACGCUGCAAGGCCACGACCAGGGCGUCCUGUCGCUGUCGUGGUGCCAACAAGAUCCCGGCUUGCUGAUCUCUUGUGGCAAGGACAACAGAACCCUGGCCUGGAACCCGCAGACUGGCGAGCGUUACGGCGAGUUCCCCGAGGCCACCAACUGGACUUUCCUGACGCGCUUCAACCCUGUAAAUCCGAACCUGACUGCGACCGCCUCGUUCGACGGCAAGAUUACAAUCCAGACCUUACAGAACACAAACCCUUCCGCUGUCCCGGCGGCGCAGACGAGCCUAGAUGACGAUGACUUCUUCUCCAAGGCCCCCACGCAAAUACAGGGCGCGUCGUUCUCUCUGCCUCGGGCGCCCGUCUGGUUCGAGCGGCCAGUCGGCGUCUCCUUCGGCUACGGCGGCAAGCUUGUCAUCUUCAAGAAGAACGACACGCCGGCCGGCCAGCCCCGAUCUUCCAAGAUCCAAAUCUCUAGCUUCUCCGUCGACUCGGAUAUCGGCUCGGCUACCGAGAAGUUCGAGGAGGCUUUCAGGAAUGGAGAUAUCGCUGCCAUUUGCGACUCCCACGUGGCCGACGCCAAGACGGAGGAGGAGAAGGCCGACUGGCAGGUGCUGAAGACGCUGAGCGAAUCGGACGGGCGCACCAAGAUACUUGAGUAUCUGGGCUUCUCUAAGGACGAGGAUGUCCCCGAUGCCGCCGAGCAGGAGAAGUCAGCAACGUCAGAUUCGAAGGAGGUGUCAAAGGAGGGCGGGCUGGCCCCGCCACAGGCCAACGGCGACGACGCAGCUAAGAAGAAGCAUAAGCGUGUGACCAGCAUGUGGGGCGACGCCGACGAUGCCGACGACUUCCUCUCUGGCAUCGCGGCCGCCAAGGGCGCCAAGACCGACAACCCCUUCCAGCUCAUGGGUGACGGAGCCUCUGCCGAGGACCAGAUCACCAAGGCCGUCAUUACGGGAAACUUUGAAAAGGCGGUCAAUAUCUGCAUGAAGGAAGACCGGAUCGCGGACGCCUUCAUUCUUGCGAACUGCGGCGGCAAGGAUCUCGUCGAGAAGGUGCAGACGGCCUAUCUCGCGCAACAGAAGGGCGCGCCGAGCUACCUGCGCCUGAUCAGCUCGGUGAUCGGCAAGAACCUCUGGGACGUCGUGUACAACGCAGACCUCGGCAACUGGAGGGAAACCAUGGUCACGCUCUGCACCUUCGCCGAGCCGGCCGAGUUUCCCGACCUCUGCGAGGCGCUGGGCGACCGCAUCUACGAAGCGGGGUCGAGGAAAGACGCUUCUUUCUGCUAUCUCGUGGGCUCGAAGCUCGAAAAGGUGGUGGAUAUCUGGAUCGCCGAGCUUCAGGAAGCGGAACAGGCCGGGCUCCAGGAGGCCAGCAACGACUCCAACUUCUCCAUCCACGCGCGGUUGCUGCAGCACUUCAUCGAGAAGGUGACGGUCUUCCGUCACGUCACCAAGUUCACAGACAACGAGAAGGGCCUCACCGAGGGCUGGAAGCUCGCGUCUCUGUACGACAAGUACACCGAGUACGCGGACAUUGUCGCCGCCCACGGCCAGCUGGCUGUCGCGCAGAAAUACCUUGACCUGCUCCCGACCAACUUCCCUGCUGCUGAAGUGGCCAGGAACCGCGUCAGACUUGCUACGCAGAAGGCGGCUCCGCAGGCCGCCGCGCGACAGGCAGCUCCCUCUUCGCGCACAGCUUCCCGCGCCGCCGCAUCUGUGGGCUAUCAGCAGCCAGCAUCCACCCCGGCCGUCGGGCCGAGUCCGCCGCACCCUUAUGCGCCGCCCCUUCAGGCGCAAGCGCCGGCCCCGGCGCCGAACCCCUACGCUCCGCCGGCUACGUCCCAAUAUACGCCCGCCGGGGCGUCCCCGUACGCCCCGGCGGCGGGGUACACACCUUCUCCCUCGGCGGUCGGAGGAUAUGGACCUCCGCAGCCGACUUUCGGUCAGCCAGGAUCGCAGGUGCCGCCGCCUCCACGGAGCACCGGUCCUCCUCCCAAGAUCAACAAGGAUGUCGGUUCGUGGAAUGACGUGCCCAUGGUCACCAAGCCUCCGGUCCGCAGAACCACCCCAAGCGUCCCACCCAUUACGUCUCCCUUCCCCGGCCAGACAGGCUUGCAGUCGCCUCCGCCAGUCGGGCCUUAUCAGCGCAGCGUACCUACACCGCCGCCGCCGCCCAAGGGAUCUGCGCCUCCCCGGAAUGUGGCGUCGCCGCCUGUUGGGCCUCCGCCGCCCGCUGGGCAGAACCCACUGCGGCCGGCUUCGGUGGCGUCGAACGCGUCGACCAACCCGUAUGCGCCUCCGCCGCCCUCGGCAGCAGGCGGGCUGCCGGCUCCGAUGGUACCUCCGCCGGCUCCUCGGACGGCGUCGCCUUAUAACCCUCCACCUGCAGCGUCGCCGCCGGCGCAACAGCAGCAGCAGCAGCAGCAGCAGCAGCAGCAAGCCGAGAGGCGGCCGCCGGGCGACCGGUCCCACAUACCGCCCAACGCGCAGCGCAUGGUGGAGCUGCUCAGCCAGGACAUGCAGCGGGUGGCGGCCAAGGCGCCGGCGACGUUCGCGCCGCAGGUCAAGGACACGCAGAAGCGGCUCGGCCUGCUGUUCGACCACCUCAACAACGGCGAGCUCGUCCGGCCGGACACGAUCGAGAUGCUGAAUAAGAUCGCCGAGGCGAUCGCCGCGCGCGACUACGAGGUUGCUUCCAGACUGCAGGUGGAGAUCCUGCGGGAGAAGACGGAGGAGUGUGGACAGUGGAUGACCGGACUGAAGAGGCUGAUCAGUAUGAGCAAGGCGACGCCUUGAAUGAAUGGGGGGUUGGUGCUUUGGCAGGUGGAAAAGGAGGGGGGAAAAGGGGGUGGGCGAGGCGGGGGGCGUGUGAGUAGUCAAGGGAAUUGGGUGGUUCGUGUUAGAAUGUUAAGCUCGCGAAGAGAAAAUGCGGUAUCGUUAGAAUGUGCCUCUUUACUCUCUUCGGAGCGAGAUUGUAAAACUGUGAAUCCUUUGCCCGUGUCAAGCUGUGGUCUUGUUCCCUGCCUGGAGUGCUGCUUCGUCCUAUGUGACGUUUCCUUCCAUGGUUAAGGCUCUUGCUUGGCUGCACAGUUACAGCACCGUAUUUCGUACAGCACCGAGUAUGUGGU